AAGUGUCACGUGAUUUAUUCCAUGGAGACGUUUACAUCAUGGCUGCCAUGCAAAGUGCCGUUGAGGAUUUGAAAGAUGAAAAAGUACCUGCGUGUUUAUAUUGGACUGUCGCGCAAGUAUCAGACUGGAUAGAAGAACUGGGCUUCCCAAAUUAUAAAGAAUGUUUUCAACAGAAUAUGAUAAAUGGACGGAAAUUAAUACUUAUUGAAGCAUCAGCCUUUCCUAAUAUAGGCAUUACUGAUUUUGAACAUAUAAAGAUGAUUGCCAAAAGUAUAAGAGAUUUAUUAGAAAUUGAAGAACCAGACUGGACACGUAGUAUAUCUCUACCUCCAAGAAGUGAUUUAGGAAUGUACCUUGAAGUUAAAGGAAACAAUGGAAAAAAUAAGGACUCGCUGACAUUUAAGAAUUUUUGCCUGAACAAUAACAAUGCCAAAUGGAGACCACCUUUAGCUAAUCACUGCCUUAUUCUCCCUAGCUAUUAGAAUUUAUUGACUGUGAAAUAAUUUGAUAUUUAUACAUCAUGUGUACAUGUAUGUCUGUCAAGCACAUAAAAGAAUGCAAUUACACUGAAAAUAUACAUAAGUGUUGGAGUUUCCAAUACAUGUCUGAGUAUGGGUUAACAAAUGACUUGAUAUCCAAUGGUCUUACCCAUUUAUUAGAUAAGCAGUUUAGAAUUUUAUGGAGCAAUUACAUUAUUUUAGUGAAUUCUUUUGAAAAUUUCAUUAAGAAUGCUUAAUACAGUGAUCAAUAUUUAUACCGAACUUUGUAAGACACUUUGAAUUAUUACUUUGCAUAUGAAUAAAGCGAUGGUUGGUCCUGAAUCACAUUAUGUUACAAUUGUCGUGAAUGAAUACCAGAUGGAUGACCUUGUGAUAUUCUCUCUUUAUUUCUAUUGGUCAAUGUGUGUUUAUAUUUUAAUUCCUAUAUUAUUUUGUCUGUUAAAAAGCUUAUGACGAACUGAAAUAUACAUUUUUUUUCUGAUGCUGAACACUAAGUGCCAAAUAUCAUCAACUCAUUUACUUUUGGGGAAGGGAUAAAUAACAGAUUGAUGCAUGUUUCUUAUGCAUGUUAACCUUGCUUAUUGGGUUCUCUUUUCAUACAUGUUAUUCUGAUAAAGUAUCUAAUGAUUCUUAUUGAACAGUUUUUAAGUUAAAGUUGAUAUCAAUUUUAAGAUUUUUGUAUUUGGAAAUCUAAAUAUUGCUUAUUGGGUUCUCUUUUCAUACAUGUUAUUCUGAUAAAGUAUCUAAUGAUUCUUAUUGAACAGUUUUUAAGUUAAAGUUGAUAUCAAUUUUAAGAUUUUUGUAUUUGGAAAUCUAAAUAUUUAAAAUCUUUUUCAUUUUCUUUUAUAUGCCUUAUUGGUUAGAAAUUUAAGCCUUUUGAUUGGUAACUACUUUCCAAUUGACUUCUACAAUGUAUAUAGCAAUACAAAUUGCAUAAAUAAGCAGAAUUAGACAGUCUGAUAUAUUAGCUGCCAACUUUACCACACUCUUUUUAUUUUUGUUACUUUGAAUAAUUGUUUGUACCUUUGAAUUUUGAAUACAUUGUUUUAUUUUCAAUAAAAAUAUUUACUCUU